UUUAUCAUUCGUAACCGGCUUUUAAGAUGUUAAAGUCUUUUGUUAUUUUUACGCUGACUUUUUGGUGGUUGAUAAUUGGAGGAUUUUCUACCACAGACUAUUGCAUGAAAAAUCUUUGUUCGUCAGGACGAAAACAUAUUGCUUGUAACAAUACUGGAGAUUUUGCUCCUGCAUGUCCUGAAAAUCAAACCGAAAUGGUUCCCAUGACACAAUCACUCAUCGACAUGAUCCUCGAUAGUCACAAUAGCAAGCGUGAAAUACUUGCCAGUGGGAAUCUUCCAGGUUUCGAGCCGGCAGCAAAAAUGUAUGAAAUGGGUUGGAGUGAUGAAUUAGCUUAUCUUGCAUCUCUCAAUGCUAAAAGAUGUCUUUUUGCUCACGAUUAUUGUCACAAUACAGAAGAUAUCAAAUCGAGUGGUCAGAAUUUGGCAAAAAUGUGGUGGAAAGGACAUUCUUUUACGGACGAUGAAAUAAUUUCCACUCGAAUUGAUACAUGGUGGGCGGAGUAUAAAAUUACUAAUAUGUCACAAUUACAAGCAUAUCCUAGAUUUACAGAAAAAAUGAUUGGCCAUUUUACAGUGAUGACAGCUGAAAAAAAUAAAUUAGCUGGAUGCGCUGCUAUAACCUAUCCCGAAAAUGGUAUGUCUUCGAUGACACUUUGUUGUAAUUAUGCGGCAACAAAUUUCAUUGGACAACCAAUGUAUACGCCAGGGCCAACUGCUUCAAUGUGUACGUCGGGAACAAGUUCAGUGUAUCCUUCAUUAUGCGUUUAGUGGUAACUUAAAGUGGAUUUUAUUAUUAUCUAAAAACUAUAAUGAUUCCUUCUUAAAAUAUAGUCAA